AUGGACAAAAAUCCAAAAAAGUCUGAAGAUCUCUCUCCUGAGGAGAUGUGGAAGAAAGUUAGUCAGCAACUCAGUUCGAAGAAGUAUGAAAGUGCAUCCAAACUUGCAUAUACAACAAUGUUUGAUCUCAGUAGUAUUUCGGCUGAGAUUCAGAAAAUAAAGGCAGAGAAACGAAGGACAUUAGAAAAACUAGAAAAAAUAGAAAUAGAAAAUUCCAUGUUAAACAAACCUUACUUUAAGCAAAUAGAACCGAUGUAUCCAAUAAGGAAGAGGUGCAAGGUACCUGCCUUCUUUCCCAAGCAUUCUUUUAUGCAUUUUAACAAUCCAAAUUUUUAUAAAAGAUUUGACUUAGAUACCCUCUUCUUUAUAUUUUACUAUUUCAAGGGUCAUAUACAGCAGACGUACGCUGCAAUCCGACUGAAGCACUAUGCUUGGAGAUACCAUUUGAAAUAUAAAAUGUGGUUUCAAAGAUUAGAUGAGCCUAAGCUUAUUACAAGUGAAUAUGAAAAGGGUGAGUUUCUGUUCUUCGACUAUGAAACAGCAUGGAAUUUUAUGAAGAAGAACGAUUUUGUGUUUGAGUACUUCUACUUGGAACACCACGACUAUCAUUGA